AUGAAACUAGAUAUCUCUCACAUGAGAUACUUGACACCGGAUGAUUUCCGUGUGCUUACAGCUGUGGAAAUGGGUUCUCGUAACCAUGAAGUUGUUCCAACUCAAAUGAUUCAUCAAAUAGGUGGUUUAAGAUCUAUAUCAGGUACAAACAGAUGUAUUUCAGAUCUUGCUAAACUGAAAUUGAUCCAAAAAUUAAGAAAUGCCAAAUAUGAUGGUUAUAGAAUGUCAUUUUCAGGUUACGAUUAUCUUGCAUUAAAAUCAAUGUUGAAUAGAGGUACAGUUUAUUCAGUUGGUACUACUAUUGGUGUUGGUAAAGAAUCUGAUAUUUACUCUACAUCUGAUAAAAACAGUCAUAAAAAAGUUUUGAAGAUUCAUCGUUUAGGUAGAACUUCAUUCAAGACUGUUAAAAACAAUCGUGAUUAUUUAAGAAAUAGAUCAUCAGGUAGUUGGAUGUAUCUUUCAAGGUUAGCUGCUAAUAAAGAAUAUCAAUUCAUGAGUACACUUUUCACAAAUGGAUUCUCAGUUCCUGAACCAUAUGAUUAUUCACGUCAUUGUGUGUUGAUGCAGUGGAUUGAUGGGUUCCCAAUGAGACAAUUGAGAGAACAUUCAGAUCAUAAAAAAUUGUAUUCAGACUUGAUGAAAUUCAUUGUAAAAUUGGCAAACCAUGGGCUUAUACAUUGUGAUUUCAAUGAAUUUAAUAUUAUUAUUGUUAAUGAAGAUGCAUUGGAUAAAUAUCAAGAUAAUUUCAUUGUUAUUGAUUUCCCUCAAUGUAUUUCCAUUGAACACACAGAUGCAGAAUCUUAUUUCAACCGUGAUGUUGAAUGUAUUAGAAGAUUUUUCAGAAAGAAGUUAAAUUAUGACCCAAUUACAGACUCUACUAUGGUUGAUACAGAUGGUUAUGGUGAAGGUUUCAAAUACUUGUAUCCAGAUUUCAAAAGAGAUGUCAAAAGAGUGGCAGAUUUGGAUGUUGUUGUGGAGGCAUCUGGUUAUAGCAAGAAGAAAAAGAAUGAUAAUGAUUAUGAAGCUGCUGUGGAAAGUAUGAGAAUUGGUGUUGAAGAAACUAACGAUGAUUUUGAAGUUGUCGGUGAAGACGAAGAGCCAGAAGAUGAUUAUUCUGAAGAAGAUUAUGAAGAUUACAGUGAGGAAGAAGAUAGUACAGAAGAGGAUAGUGAAGCUGAAGAGGAAGAAAACGAACGUAUUAUCGAAGCAUUACAGCAUGGUGUUGAAAACUUGAAGAUGGAUAAAUUGGGUAAUUACAUUCUGGAUGAAUAG